GCAGAUCCUUAUCAGACCAGGACUAGGAACACGGCACAACACGCGUGGCUGACUCACAGGACCCGACACACAAUGAAUAUCCUGGUCAUUUCCAGCUUAUUGUUUGCUUUGGGAGAAACAGCUUCGCUAAAAUCGGAUAAAAGAGCCAAUGGAGACGUGGGCUGCUUGUACAACGGCGUCUUCGAAUUCCUGGGCAGCAAGUUCGGGAGUCUUGACGGUUGUAACGCCUGUGUGUGUACCGUGACAGGGAUUCAGUGUACAGCCACACCGUGUAACGGAGCCCUGACUGCCGCACCAGUCACAGUACCCGUGUCUGUACCGGGCACAGGCGGUUGCGUGCACCCAGCGUCGUCUCAGCUGUACCAGAACGGCCAAACAUACCCGUCUGCUGACGGGUGUAACACCUGCACGUGUACUAACGGGAACAUUGUGUGCACGCACAAGACGUGCACAGUACAAGGCAUAGGAGGCACGUGCGUUGACCCAGUGACAUCUCAACUGUAUCAGAAUGGUCAAACAUACCGGUCAUCUGACGCGUGUAACACCUGCACGUGCACCAACGGGAAUAUCGCAUGCACGCACACCACGUGCACGGGUCAAGGUUCCGGGUUAAAUAUAGGAGUCAAUCUCCAUCCCGGCGGAAAUGCGCACACCGGAAGUACUUGCUAUGACAACACUCAACACCUGUUCCACAACGACGGAGAUUCAUACACAUCGCGAGAUGGCUGCAACACUUGCACGUGCAGCACGGGCAUUCUGUCUUGCACCAACCGCCAGUGCAACACGGGCACAGGCAGUGCAUGCUAUGACAUCGCCACCAACAAGUAUUACACCAACGGGCAGGUCGUCAGGGCAUCUGACGGGUGCAACACCUGCACCUGCAGCAACAGCCAAUUCCAGUGCUCACAUUUGAUGUGCUCGCCUAUCGGUUGAUCAAUGUUAUCUAAACUCGGGCAACGUCGGAAUAUAAAUCUGUCAAUUUG